UUGGCGAUAGCAAACACGAGACUCCGCUUGAAGAAAAGCCAACUCACGCGAAGAAGAGGAGAGAAAGCAAAGGCAAAGCCAACAAAACAAAGAAAGAGCGAGCAGAAUAAGGUGUCUUUCUCUUGGACUGAUUCGUUUCAAUCGCAUCUCUCUCUCUCUCUCCCUCCCCAUCUUCUUACCUUACAUCGAAAGAGAGAGAGACAAGGGAAAGAAAGGAUAUAAAACACAAGAAGAAAAACAAAGCUAGCGAGCAAGGCAAAGAAAGCAAAGCAAAACCAAGAAAAAGAUGAUGAGAACAUAUAUGGGUGGUGAUGGAGAUUACUGCUAGCUAGCUAGUGUGUGAUGGUUUCUAGUUUUGGUUGUGGUGGAGGCCUCUUCCUCUUCAUAGUAGACAUCAUUAUAUUUCUUGAUUCAUUUCAUUGAUUCUCUCUCUCUUUCUGUUUUUUUUUAUUAAUUUCCUUUUCUUGAUUCUUUCCUCUCUCUAAAAAAUACCGGGAACUAUUUGUUGUUGGACUAGUACGAUUUCAUGUCUCAAUCCUUUUCCUCUCAUUGAAGAGUCCGCCUUGGCUCGAGGGCAUCUUUUCAUGCUUCUUAUGUGCUAGCGUUUAUUGUUCAUCACAUUUGCUCCAUACCUCUCUCUCGCUCUCUCUCUUGCUUUCUCUCUCUAUCCCACCUUUCUUUGCCUUCUAUACAUAUUCACCAACUCUGACAUACAUAUUUAUAGAUAUACAACUUAUUCAUCUCUUCCCCCUACCUCUCAAGUCUCAACCUUUACAUAUCUAGUUGUUAUCUAUUGAUAAUCUAUAAUGGCUGUCCAAGCUCAAUAUCCUUCUAAUGCCCUCCUUCUAAACAGAAACGGUCAAGACGGUCACGAUUAUUCAUUGCAACCACAGCCUGGAGGAUAUCUUGAUCAAUCCCAUAUGUUACUCAACAAUGGAGGUGGCAAUAAUCCACGCAAGAGAGGAAGAACAGCGCCAACAGCUACUACUACAACGACAACAAUCAAUAAAUUAUGUAUGCAACCUCAAACUCAGCCUCAGCCUCAGCCUCUGUCAACAACUCAGUUAAUAGACCUAUCUCAACUCCACAAUCAUCGAAGUUAUCAUCCUCAACCAAAUCCAAAUGUCGUGUCUACUGGCCUUCGUUUAUCUUUUGGUGACCAACACCACCAACAACAACAGAAUCACCAUUACCAACAGCAGAAUUUUGGCACUAGUACAUGUCAAUCCUCUGCUUUGUUAUCAAUAUCAGAAGAUUUCUCCACCCAAAUUAAACGGCAACGAGAUGAGAUUGAUCAAUUCCUUCAAGCCCAGGGGGAGCAGCUGAGGCGCUCAUUAGCAGAGAAAAGACAGCAGCACUACCGUGCGCUAUUAGGCGCAGCGGAGGAAUCAAUAGCCAGACGAUUAAGGGAAAGGGAAGCGGAAGUCCAGAGGGCCACGCGCAAAAACGCCGAGUUAGAAGCACGUGCGUCGCAACUCAGCAUUGAGGCACAAGUUUGGCAGGCAAAGGCAAGGACCCAGGAGGUAACAGCAACCUCCCUGCAGGCCCAACUGCAGCAGGCUAUAAUGAACGGGGGAGUGGUGCAGGAUAGCAGGAGAGGGGAUGGUGGAACAGGAUGUUCGGGGGGAGUUGAAGGCCAGGGCCAGGCUGAGGAUGCUGAGUCGGCUUAUGUUGAUCCUGACCGGGUCACCGUCGUUCCAGGCCGACCAAGCUGCAAAUCGUGUCGGAAACGGAUGGCUUCGGUUGUGCUUCUGCCGUGUCGGCAUCUUUGUGUCUGUACAGAAUGUGACCAAAUGGUCCAAGCCUGCCCACUUUGCCUCCAUGUUAGAAAUUCCAGUGUUGAGGUAUUUCUGUGCUAACGAGGACAAAGCCCAAAGCAGAUUAUUCAGGCCCAUGAUAAAGGCCCAGACCACGUGUGGGCCAACGGUAAAGAGAGAAGAAAAAAAACAAACAGGAGGAAAAGUAAUGCUCACUGAAUAUAAUAAAUUACAAUUUAUUUCUCUUUUUUUGUGUGUGUUUUUUUGGGUAUAUUAAAAUAACCCAGGUUAUCCUUUUUGGUUGCCCCGCCCCGCCUGGGAGUGAAUCACCUGAAGGCAAUUCAAACCAUAUAUUAAUUCUUUUAUUAAGUAUAAGCCAAGCUUAUAUUAGCUGCA